AUGGCGUCAUCGAAGGAAACCUAUUGUUUGUGUGGUCAACCAUAUAAUAUUGGACAAUUUAUGAUAGAAUGUGACUGCUGUCGUGAAUGGUUUCAUGGCAGCUGUGUUGACGUCAAAAUCUACCACUCCGAUGACAUAGACAAGUACCAUUGCCCAAAAUGUGCCCAGACGUACGGACCUUCAGUGUUAAAAAUCCCCACAAACAACCACCGAGCGGACCGUUACGAACUCGGUGCAGAGACCCGACCGUCUCAAGUGGGGACUCCAGCAUGGGUCCGAGCCUUAGCAGCCAGGCCACUACGUCCCGUACCAGCAGCGUUACACCGUAUGCGAGCUGUCCAUUUCACAGAGGAAUUGGUCCGGGAUGACGGAUUCAACAGACCGGUGAUAUUCCACUCGAGCGAAGGGCUGGACAUGAAACUGCCCAAUGCAGCCACGUUUACUGUGAGGUCUGUGCUGAGGUUCUGUGGCGCUCAGUUAGAGGUGGAAGUGAUAGACGUCCGCAAGCAGUCCACGCUGCGGAUGCCUCUGGGGGACUUCGUGGACUACUUCGAGACGCCGCCCGAGCAUAGGGACGAGAAGGUCCUCAAUGUGCUCAGUUUGGAGUUCUCCGACACUAAUAUGGCGCCGCUAGUGGAGCCCCCAUCGGCAGCGCGGCGACUGGACUGGGCGGAGCGCGCGUGGCCCCCCGCCUCGGGGGCCCCCCGGCCCGCCGUCCAGCGCUACUGCCUGAUGUCCCCCGCGGGGGCCUACACAGACUUCCACGUCGACUUCGGCGGCACCACCGUGUGGUAUCACGUGCUGCAUGGCAGGAAGAUAUUCUACCUAGUGCCUCCAACGUCCACAAAUCUUGCCUUAUACCAGCAAUGGAGUGCCUCGAAUAAUCAGAAUGAACGCUUUUUCGGUGAUAUGGUGGAGUGGUACGGCACAGCUGAGUUGUGCGCGGGACAGACGCUGUUCAUCCCUAGCGGCUGGCUGCAUGCCGUGCUCACGCCCUGCGACUCGCUGGUCUUCGGAGGAAACUUUCUGCAUUCGUACGCGAUUGAGAUGCAGCUGCAGUGAACGGACGCAGCGAAGCGCGACAACGUUCCAAAAUGCCUCAACUCUGGUCAACUAGUACGAGAGUUGUGCAAAGAACUCAGGACUCUUGAGAAGCGCUCUGCUAGCGCUGCCAAUAAAGAUAAGGACUUCAAACUGAAAACCACAUCUCCCAGCAAGCAGUCUCACUCCCGAAAGCAGCAGAGCGCCAAGAAGUCUCUAAAAUUGACACUUCCAAAGCCCAUCAUGCAUAUGGCGCAGCCCGCGGAAUUGCCUGAAGAAAAGACUUACACCGAAAAGUUCUAUGCUGACGGCAAAGAACUGAUCUACACUGACACUAGGUGAUAUCGGUAUACUAGGUGAGUUAGCUAUUCUGAACCCUUAUGCCCUGUGUUAGGGUCCAAAUUCGACGACUUAAGUUUUACUUACUUUUUUUUUGCCAUCAGGUACAUCGCCCAAGACAUAAAAUACGCCAACGGCCUGCCAGAGACAAAAUACGUAGCAGAAGACAAGACCAUGCUGCUUCCAGAGAAGUAUGCCUACCAGACCUUCGAGGAGCAGCCGUACGUGGAAGGAAACGGGUACUUGGAGCGACCUGAUAAGAAAACUGUGCUGAAGAUCAAGAUGAACAACGCGCCGUCCCCUCGGCCCGAGCCGCCGCCGCCAUACAGCGGGCCGGAGCACUCCAUACUCAAAUCGCACCUAGUCCGCGACCGACCGGCUUUGAAGCCGCUCCACCAGUGGACCAUCUCCAAGAAGGACAUAGGAGAUUAUCAUGAGGAGCAGAUCUUGUUCACCAAUGAGAACUUACACGCCAACAUGAGGAUUGACUCGCAGGAGAUCAAUUAUGGGCCUGGCAUGUACUCAGCGGAGGACAUCCAGCCGGACUACCAGUACUCGGAGACGGCUAAACCGGGCUCAUACCAGCCGGAGUACACCUACCCGCACGAGUAUGUGGAAACCUACCCGCGGUAUGAUGAGCACGCGCCGCCGCCCGUGCACCAGCAAGCGAGCUACAGCAACGUCCCCAGUGCGCCGGUGCAGCCCGAGCAGAAUAACGGCGCCUACCACGCCCCGCUGCCGUCCUACGACGCCGCCAUCGCGCAGCAGUAUGCCAGCGUCACCUACACGAAUUCAGAGCCCAAAGCGGUUCGUCGCUCAGAGCGGCCGGUGCGGCGACGAGUAUCUAACACUUACGACUAUGAAGAUGGUGACCUAUACAUAGACGAUGCGCCCGCGCCGCGCCGCCGCCGUGCGCCCAAGCACAAGACUCACCAUUCGCACGCAGGAGGGUAUUCCUGCAAUGAAGAUGAAUGA